GGAGCGCUUUCUCUGGGCUGUGGAUUUUUAAGUAAAAGUUGUAAGGCGCUGCAUUGUGUCGAUUCCAUACGUAAAUGACGUUGAUGCGAAUGCACGAGUUGCUGUAUUCGCGCGCCUCGACGGAUACUGCUCUCGUGCGGAUGUGUAUUCGGGGAGCCUCUCCGUGACCUACAAGGCGUCGUAUGUGCUCUGACGGCACAUCACGGAAUUUGCGCAGGAAGUUCGCACAGACAGCAGCGGCCGGCCAGGUGAUGUUUUCUCACGUAAGCCGGCAGUGUGUGCAGGCAGAGCGGGCAGGGGACGCGCUUGUUGCAUCGCCCAACUGAGCAGCGUCCUCGGCCUCUCCGCGCCGUCUGGUUUGGGCGUCGAUAACGCUCGGCGCGGAACAGAACCCUUAAUACGGUAUGAUUUUCACUUGCUUGUAUCUCUGCUGAGGUUCAACCCUUUCACAUCGAAAACCGCAUUUGAAAGUCAGUGCGCCCAGUCUGGUCCAUGACAUUGGCUGGAUAAAGGGGGAACCUGCGGCGUUUUGCAGUAGCCCAUGUUGUGGUAAGGUAGCGUAUUUUAUGAAUGCAUUUUUUCGUUUCGGAAUCGGUAUUUGAAGGAGAAUGCAGCAACGACAUUUUUUCAAUCGCGCAUCACCGCUGACUGGAGCUAUUUCCGGUUCCUAAGUGGCUCGUGUUUCCCCAUCGCGGGCUGCAUGGGGCAGAGCGGCUCGCACACAGAUGGCACGGACUCUUGCGCAAGGUCUGCCGCCCCGCGCAUUUACCGGAGCCCAUUCACAGCCUCCCGCCGCCACCUUAACCCGACUCCAUCACCCGCGCCCCUCGUCAGCCCCGAGAGCACUGCAGCACCGCGAGCGGCCGCCGCUGAGCCCCAGCAGACGGCAUGAGCAGGAGACUUGAUCUGGCGCUUUUCUCCAUGCUGCUCGUGGGGCUCUCGUUCGCGUGCUACGCCCCGAGCUUGGAUACCGCGCAGGAGCAGGCGUACCGGGCGGCGGUGGUGAUCGAAGGUGAGGUGUUCGCGCUACCCGAGAACGUCUCCGUGGAGCCGUACAGUGUGAAUGUCAGGGUGCAGGACGUGUGGCCGGUUAACAGCGGCGGGCUGGAGCGCGAGCAGCUCGUCACCGUGGGGGAUUUCGGCUCUGAGGCGCCGUGCGUGCUCGUGGAGAAGGACCACAGAUAUAUAUUUUUCAUGGACCCCACAGAGGAACCUUUAGUAUUCAAAGCCUCUUUUGCUCCACUGGACGCCAGCGAGAAGAACCUGAGAAAGGAGGUGGACAGCAUUCUGUGUGAGGACUGCGCCUCUCCUCCUAGGCUACGGCCAAUCAGAGCUCAGUCGGUGGCCGAGGGUGACAGGCUGCAGCUGCGCUGUGAGGUAACCGACGGCAACCCAAGCCCCGCCUUCCGCUGGUACAAGGACGGCACCGAGAUCAAGAAGGGCCGAGAUAUCAAAAUCAAAUCAAACAAGAAGAGCUCCAAGAUGCAGAUUAGCCGCAUGCGGCUGGAGGAUGCUGGGAGCUACUCCUGCAUGGCGGAGAACAUGGUGGGCCGAGACAACGCCAGCAGCACCAUCACCGUGCACAGCUUCACCACCACCCUAUCUCCGGCGUCCAGCCACACACGGCAGUGCAACGAGACCGAGAAGGCCUACUGCGUCAACGGAGGAGACUGUUAUGUCAUUCACGGUAUAAACCAGCUCUCCUGCAAGUGUCCAAAUGACUAUACUGGUGAUCGCUGUCAACAGUCCGUCAUGGCCGAUUUCUACAAGCAUCUUGGAAUUGAAUUUAUGGAGGCAGAGGAGCUGUACCAGAAGCGUGUCCUGACCAUAACGGGUAUCUGUGUGGCCCUGCUGGUGGUUGGCAUUGUAUGUGUGGUGGCAUAUUGCAAAACCAAGAAGCAGCGGAAGAAGAUGCAACAGCAUAUGCAUCAGAACAUGUGUGCAGAACCCAACAACCGCUUGGCCAAUGGUCCCAAUCACCCAGGACCAGCACCGGAAGAGAUACCCAUGGAUUAUAUUCCUAAGAAUGUUCCAGCAACAGAGCGAGUGACGCGGCAUGGAACCGAGACAUCGGGGAACUUCUCAGGCAGUCGCAUGUCCUCCAGAUCACAUCACUCCUCAACAGCCAGUCAUGCUUCUAGUCAUAGACAUGAGGAGCGGACAUGGAGCAUGGAGCGCUCAGACAGCAUGAACUCGGAUUGCCAGUCGGGGGCGCUGUCCUCCUCGGUGGGCACCAGUAAGUGCAGCAGCCCCGCCUGCAUGGCACGCCGAGCCGCCGCCCACUGCAGCCCCCUGGACAGCCCCAGUGGCGGGCGGCCCCCCCUCCACUACGGAGACUCCUACGACUCGCUAAGGGACUCCCCUCACAGUGACCGGUACGUGUCAGCCCUCACCACGCCGGCGCGCCUCUCCCCGGUAGACUUUGGCCAGGUGCCCACCUUCCAGAUCACCACGCCCAACGCCAGCCACGCCCUCUCGCUGCCCCCCGCCGCGGCCGCCAUGGCCAACUACUCGGUGGGGGGGGAGGACGACCAGCCCCUGCUACGCCGGGGCUACCACCGGGCGCGGCGGGCAUGCUACAUGGUGGAGAGCACGGGCUCGCUGCCGUCCAGCCCUUACCGGCUGGUGGACGAGGACGCGUACGAGACCACGGCCGAGUACGGCGCGGGACGGGAACGCUCGCAUCGGCGGACCUCGCGGCGGCCACGCCGCUCCCGCAACUCGCACGCCACACACAGCUCGCACAGCAACCUGUCGGACAGCGAAUGGGACGAGGACUACGGGCUGGGCGGGGCCGAACUGGGCCACGGCGAGAGCACGCCGUUCCUUAGCGCGCUGAACAUGAGCUCGCCGUCGCCAGAGCCGGCCACCAUCUACCGGCCCACGCACACGCCCACACACACGCCCAGCCUGGCCCACCCCUCGCGCCGCAUGCGCAAACUCACACACGGCAGGCCUGACAACGCACCCCUUUAAACACAAACACACACACACAC